AUGCCCACCCACCUCCCCACGCCCCCCGCCGAGCCCCAAGUCCGCGCCGCCCAGGCCACCGUCUACCUCCACACUCCCUUCCACCCCAAGUCAGAAGCAUACGCUGCCACCCGCUUCGCCAAGCUCCUCCGCCCGAGCGACGGCCCAUGGGAAGUACUCAUGCCCCGGAUCGAUGCCAUAUUGCUUCGAACAGGCAAUGUAACCUCCGACAUGGUCAAAGCCGCCCCCAAAUGCCGUAUCAUCUCUCGCAACGGUACCGGCGUCGACAACGUGCCUAUCCAAACCUGCAUCGACAACUCCAUCGCCGUCACCAACGUCCCCGGCGGCAACGCCAAAGUCGUCGCCGAGCUCGCCCUCACCCUCAUGGUCACCGUCCUCCGCCGCGUGCUCGAAGUCGCUCUGAGCCCGGGACUGUUUGGCAAAGUCGUAGGUCUCGUUGGGAUGGGCGAUAUCGCGUACGAAGUGGGAAAGCUUGUGACGGCAUUCGGCUGCCAAGUCAUCGUCUUCUCCCCCACUUCCCCUCCUACCCGCUGGACCUCCUCCGACGCGCGCUACCAAACGCCCCUCCCCCACACCCGCGCUUCCUCUCUCGAAAAGCUUCUCCGCCAAGUCGACGUCGUCUCCCUCUACUGCCCCCUCAACGACAGCACCCUCAACCCGAUAGGAGAGCAAGAGCUGGGGUGGAUGAAGCCCACCGCAGUCGUGAUCAACACCGUGCGGGGCGGGAUCGUGGAUGGCUCAAGGCGGGAAGAUUGGGAGGAGCGGGGUUGGAUGUGUUUGUGGUCGAGCCGGCGUACGGAGAGCCUUUGGGCGGGCUGA